GAAUCGGUAUAUUACGUCAAAAUAAGUAAUGGUGGAAUAAAGCAGAUCGGAUAAGAACACGGGUAAAAUUUACAGGGAAAUUAUUUUUAGGCCUGUACAUUUCUGUUUAGCCAGCAGAAUAUUUGGGAAUUCGUUAUCCUUUCUGGUAAAUUAGUGAGUAUCAUAGUAAAAAGUUUUCUUGAGUUUGUAAUGUAACUAGGCAGUAAAAGUUGCACCAUUGCCAUAGUACCGCUUGAAGUAUCCAGAAUUAUGCCUUUAUUUGGGAAAUCACAAAAAAGCCCAGUGGAGCUGGUGAAAGUGCUUCGAGAAGCCGUUUUAGCAUUGGAAAGAGGAGACAAAAAGGCGGAAAAAGCCCAAGAAGAUGUAUCUAAAAAUUUGAUGUUAAUGAAAAACAUGUUGUAUGGAACAAGUGAUCAAGAGCCUCAAACAGAUAUAGUUCUAACACAGCUUGCUCAUGAACUAUAUAAUUCUAAUCUUCUGUUGUCACUUAUACAGAACCUGUCAAAAAUAGAUUUUGAGGGCAAAAAAGACGUUGCACAGAUAUUUAACAACAUUUUGAGAAGACAGAUUGGAACGCGGUCACCCACAGUAGAAUAUAUCUGUACUAAACCAGAGAUACUUUUUACAUUAAUUAAAGGUUAUGAGAAACAAGAAAUAGCCUUGAACUGUGGAACAAUGCUAAGGGAGUGUGCCAGAUAUGAAGCUCUUGCAAAGAUUGUAUUAUAUUCAGAUGAGUUUUAUAAUUUCUUCAAAUAUGUGGAAGUUUCAACUUUUGACAUUGCGUCUGAUGCAUUUUCUACAUUUAAGGAACUUCUAACAAGACACAAAGGACUAUGUGCUGAAUUUUUGGAAAAUAACUAUGACAAAGUGUUCAGUCAUUACCAGAACUUACUAAACUCUGAAAAUUAUGUUACUCGAAGGCAGUCCUUAAAGCUACUUGGAGAACUUUUGCUUGAUCGACAUAAUUUCACUAUAAUGACCCGUUACAUUAGUAAUCCUGAGAACCUGAAGCUGAUGAUGAAUAUGUUAAAAGAGAAAAGCAGAAAUAUCCAGUUUGAGGCUUUUCAUGUCUUCAAAGUGUUUGUGGCCAAUCCAAAUAAACCUAAACCAAUUCUUGAUAUACUUCUCCGAAAUAAAGAAAAAUUGGUUGACUUCCUCACAAAAUUCCACACUGACCGUUCAGAUGAUGAACAGUUCAAUGAUGAAAAAGCCUACCUGAUAAAACAGAUUAGAGAAUUAAAACCUCAUGAAGAGCAUUAACAUUUAAAAUAUGUAAGAUUGUGUUUCAUCCUCUCAUUCCAAAAUUAUUUUUUUGUUUUCAAGUUCAUUGAGAGGCUGUUAAAAUGUUAGCAUUGUAGAAUUGUGCUGUACAGAAGUUUAAAUGGUAAUUCUAAGGUAAAGAAAAAUACAGAAAACAGUAGGUAUUGCAUAUUAGCUUUUGUUUUAGUUUGAUGAAUACAGUGUAAUUGUACUGUAAAUAAAUUUUUACUACAAAUUAUAAGUACAUGUAUGACAUUGAUUACAUGUAAGUAGAUAUACAAGUAUGUAUUUGAAAGAUAAAAUACCUAGGAUAUGCUACUGAGGUUAUUUAAAAAAGUCCUGUUGAAUAUUUAAAGCAAUUUGAGUCAACUAAAAAUAAAAGUUGUUAUAACAAAAAUUAUUUGCUAAUGUUUGACUGGUGCUUGCUCAUUUGUGCAUUAAAGUUUCUAUUCAGAAAUAUGUGUUUAAAUCUCUUGAAACAUUUCAGCCAGUACAACAGUACAUGUACUUCCACUUAGUAUUGGUAUGGACUUUAUCAAAGUCUGUUGUUCUUAGAUAUUGUUAGGUAACUUUGUUUUAUUAGAUUUUUAAUAAAACAGUUGUGCAUUUUGCAGUAGUGCCCAAAUACAUUCUAUUCUUGGUUCAUGAAUUUUAAAUACCAUUGUAGUUAAGACAACAUGGAUUUUACUAGUGUUUUGCUUACAUGAUAAAAAAAUAUUAAACAACAAUUUGUGUCUUAAUUUACAAUAAAUCAGGCAGUCUGUGAUGUAUUUUUUUAUCUUAAGAUUACACUCAUAAAUGUAGGUGUUUAAAAAUUUUAUGUGAGAAUGUUUUGUUUUCUUUUGUUCUCUAAAAAGUGCUAAAAUGUAUAGAUUUUAUAAUGUGAAUACGGUUUGAUUAACAAAUAAAGUGGUAAAAGUAAAGUUUUUAAUAGGAUUUGGAGUUUUGAUGGAAUAUAAUUAUGUGUGUGUUAGAAGGUAAAUCUUUAGUUUUUAAGAGAAAAAAUUUUUCUCGUAGAACUGGUAUUCCACUUAAAAUUGACCUACUUCAUUUAAAAAGAUUUAGGAUGAAGUUUUGGCUUGAUUCUGAAAACUUAAAAAGUAGUCAGGUCUUUCCUUAAUAUGCUUAGAGGCCACUGGAAAAAUUGACAAUGUAUUCAUCCCUAUACUAUUCUGGUAGAAACUAAUAAAAGAAAGUAAUAAUU